CCUUAAUCCCUUCGCCCGUAAGCCGAUCGCAAGACGAGCCCUACCACUUAUCGAGCAGGCACUGCUGGUACCUCGUAGGGGUAGGUCUAGUCACUGACCUACUCCUCGCGUACGGCGUACCAGCCUCUCGCUGAUCUCUUGCCGCAGAGCCCAGAGGUGGCGCCCAUGGCCGCUGCACCCCGCCUUCAUUUGCCUUGCGCAUAAGUGGCUAGCUAGAUCUUCUCCCAUCCACGUUAAGAGAUCGUCGACGCCUUUGCCUGCCUUGCUUGUAUAUAGAUAGUAGUAGAGCGUGGGAGCGGGAGGGGUUAGGAAGAAGUGAAGGGCACGGCGGCGAUGAGGCGGCGGCGGCUGCGCAUCGGCAGGGUCCUGGACUGCUUCUCCUCCUCCCUGCAGUGCGCGGGAGGCUGCGUGUGCGUCCGCGCGCUGGACGACGAGGAGGACGCGGCCGUCGAGAGGGAGGCGCUGGUGGCGAGCGGUCGCCGCCGGCAGCAGCUGCAAGACCAGGUGCUGCGGCUCAGGGACCUCGUCGACGGUACCAGGACGCUCGGCUUCCACCUGCAGCCCAAGACGGUAGAGCUGAGGGUGUCCAUGCACUGCAACGGCUGCGCCAAGAAGGUUCACAAGCACAUCUCCAAGAUGGAAGUCGCUUUAGUUGCCAGUCAAACCGAACUGAGCUCCAGGUUCAUGCCAAAGUUAUGCUAUUCUCGUCACUUGUCAGGUAACAAAACCACAGUCCCUUUUCGGUGUGCACAUGUCCCCUCUCCCUUGUUUUCUCUGAGCCUGCUGCCAUUUUAUUUGCAUUGGAACAGCCAAAUUUCUUCACCCAUUUCGAACCAAUGCAAGACCAUACCUUUCGUCCCUGCAGACCAUACCUCAUCCCAUGUCUUCUAUUCGUCUCCAACUGCUGCAUAAACGGUGUAGGCUGCAGACAUCUUUCUUCUUCCGUGAUGUCCACUGGGGAAAAAACCCGUACCAGUCGAGGCUGAUGACGCACGGUAUCUGGUACGGCGAGUCGGGCGACCAUCGAGCCCGGUUUCCGCAUCACUGUACCAUCCAGUACCAACGCUGCUGGCCGCUGCUCCCGCGAAGUCACAGGGUCACCAGUUCGUGGUCUCGUCAGCGAUAAAAUCGCGUCGCGUGCUCGCCAUUGCCCAUUGGCCAUCGGUCGAUUGGGGUUGGGGACGGGGCCCCAAGCGCUCACUGCAACUCUCGCCUCGUCGCCGCUCGCUGAUCUGUCAAUGGCACUGUAGCGCGCGGUAGCCCCCUUGCCCUGUUCCCCCGCGACGCCGCGAGGCACAUGCUCGUCCUGCCUCCUGCGCACAUGUCUGAAUCUGAAUUGCCUCGCAGCAUCACACAUCCACUGCCCCCAUUUGCCAAAAGAUAUUCUUCAGAGCGCAGCGCACCCUGUUAAGGAAAAAUAUUCUGUGCGCACGGGGCUAGGUGCACAAAGUCCAACUCGUUGGCACCUGUAAAGAUAACCGAGGAUCAUCACAGUGGCUAACUAGCGAUUUUGGAGUCCUAAAUACUACCGGCCUACCGAUCACCUAUGGAGGGGGGCGCGCGUAGCGUGUGCACAGAGGUUCACUUUUCAGAUGGUAGCUGGGGUUUGUAUCUUUUUAACAGGACGUAGUGGCCGCGUGAGUACUGUGCAAGGAAGCGCACUUUCGAAUCACGCACAUGAAUUCAAGGACUAUUGGACAACACUCAUUAAUUCAAAUAAUAUGGCAAACUCAUUAAUUUGUAUAUCCAACCAAAAAAAAGCACACCCUAGAUGGUUUCGGGGCCUCCCGUCAGAAAGCUUUUGGAUUUUGGUC